AAGAACUCCUCUGUGAGAAGCAGAACUCCUCUUUAGCAAAUAGACCAGGCUGUUAAGUUGUUACACCCAAGGAUUGUCGCAUUGAGGGAGCCCGUGUUACUGCUUAUUUCAAAAUACUGGAGAGCUUUGGGAUAUCCAGAAUCAGAAGCCACGGGUGAAGUUCAUCAUGGAGAAAUUUGAGAGAUGUAACAGAGACACAGAGGAUCCUUCAAACAGCCGACCCAUCAAAAUCCCAAGAAAAGAUGCAGCCAAAGGAUUACAGAUGAGGAAAGCAAUAUUUGAGGAAUGUACAGAUAAAGGAUGUACUGCGUUUCCUCCAGGACCCAGUACCCUUCACAAACCUGUUCAGUCUAAGCCUCCUAUGGCAGUCAAGCCUUCAAGUGAUGACAAAACAGACAAAGAUCCAAACCCACCACAUUUGAAACCAGUGACACAAAGGUUUGGUGUUCAGCUUCAGCCCAUUAACAGAGGAAAUGAUGAAAAAGCUGGAUGCAGUAAAUUCUCUAUCAAAACCAGUGACCCAUCAAAAGAGGACCCAAAGCCUUCGAACCCAAAACCUGCACAGAACAAGUUCCUUGCUCCUCCUAAUAAAGAAAAAAAUCCUCUGGGACCAAAACCUAAUUUAAAUUUUGCAUCACAGGAGAAUGAGGCAAAACCAGAAUUUUCAAAAGUAGCUGCAGUUAAAGAAAAAUUAAGGUCUGCAACACAAGAAAAUGAGCCCAAGCCUCCUGUUUCUAAACCACCUCUUGCUCAGAAACCUUCCCUAAACAAUGAGGUAUCUCAGAAUGAAAACACUUCUUAUAAAAGUGGUUUUCGGCAAAGACCGUCUGCACCCAGAAAAAACAUACAUGCACACCAAGUAGCAAAGGAAAUGGGUGAAAAUAGUAACUCUGCUGCAGAAGCUCCAGGCAGUAAUAUUCCUAAAAUAGCUCUGAAGCCUACUGGCCAUGGGUACAGCUUACCAAAAGGACCCCCCAAAACAAUGGCAGAUAACUCUGAAGAAAAGGGAAUGAGUGCUGCCAAGAACAUCUUCCUCAAGAAAAUCACCCAGGAAGAAGCAGGUUCUUCUCAUAAAUUCCUUAAGACAAAUAUGGCACUUGCUGCAGGAAGACCAUCAGGUGAAUCAAAAGAGAAUGAGGAGAGGAGGUCUACAAUGCCCAGGCUGAAAGUCUUGCCCCAAGGGCUCAAGCCGAGCCAGCCCCCACAAAAACCCGACAGACCCCUCACUGUGGACCUGGAAAUCUUCCAGAAGACCUGCCAGGAAAACAGUCCGAAAAAUAAAGGUUUGAAACAGAAAACAUCUUCCUCAGCAGCACUUGCCCCACCGAUACCUCCAUCACACACUGCCGUGCCGCCUCCUCCGCCAGCCUUUCACCCAUCCCUGCAGGUGCCAGCAGCUCCCAGUCUGCCUCCCAGAAACAUCAAAACCAGCUCUGAAACAAUAAACCUAGAAAAUGAAGAAAAUUAUGAUGAUGUUGAAUUUGUUUCACAGGGUCAUGGAAAUACACAGAGGGGUCAAGAAAGUGAUGGAGAGAUGUAUGAAGACAUUAAUGACAUCAGAUCAUCAAGGGGAAAAGAGAAGAAGCAGGACAAAGAAGAUAAGAGAAGAAUGGACCAAGAGAAGAUAGGACAAAAGGAAAAAGACAAGAAAGAGCUUGAACUAAGGAAAAAGUUCAAAUUAACAGGACCCAUCGAAGUCCUUCAUCAGGCACGGGCUUGCAUUAACUACAAGGGAGGGAGGAAUGAACUGACUGUCAAACAGGGGGAUAAGAUUGAAAUCAUUCGCCUCACAAACAACCCAGAAGGAAAGUGGCUGGGCAGGAUAAAAGGAUGCUAUGGAUACAUUAAAACAACCAUGGUGGAGAUUGAUUAUGAUUCUUUAAAAAGAAAGCAAAAACCGUCUACCAGAGCUGCUGUGAAACACACAGAGCAGGACCAAGGAACAUAUGAUGAUGUUGGACAGCAGGACACUACUAGCAGUCAAAGUGGUGACCGAGAUGGAGGUGAAAGCAUGUUCCCACCUCCUCCUUCUGAUCAAGACAUUUAUGAUGGAAUUGAUGACGAAGAUGCUAUAGCUAGGUCUGUAUCGCAGGAUGAAGAUAAGAAUGGUAUCUGGUCCUGGGGAAUCUUGAAGAGACUAAAGGUCAAAGAUGGCAAAAAGAAAAGUGUACGAGAAAAAACAGCCAAAGUCAAUGAGGCAGAAGAAAAUGAAAAUUUGUUCAUGUCUUCUUCAACAAAGCAGUCUGGAAAAGAUUAUGGAGACAAUGUUUAUGAUGAUGUAGAUUCUUCAGACUUCUCUGCUCCGCCACCUGUUUCCAGUUCAUCAAAAUCAGUAAGCCUUGGAAAACCAAAGUCAGAUGCAAAGUACGGACAAAAGCUCAAGAAGAUGGAAAAAGAAGAGAAAGAGUUCAGAAAAAGGUUUAAAUUUGACAGUGAAAUAAAAGUUCUUUACUCUACAACCACAGUCCAGAAUUUAUCUCAGAAAAGAUGGUGGUAUAAAGACUUACAAAUUAAACCAGGGGAAUCUCUUGACAUUAUUGAAAGUACAGAUGAUACCAAGGUCCUUUGCAGGAACAAAGAAGGAAAAUAUGGCUACGUUCUGAGAAGCAAUUUAGUUCAGAAUGACGGAGAGAUUUAUGAUGAUAUUGGUGACGAUUGCAUCUAUGAUAAUGACUCUGAUGCUGAAUGCUCUUGAAGUAACAACUUCAUUGAAGAUCAAACUCUAGUUUGGAAUCUCACUUGUGAAAGCAAGAAGAGUCACAAAUGCUGAUUGCAAGUUAAUUGGUGUCUCUUUUAAAUACACAAUUAAUCUUUUUUGGGAUUUCGGCCUUUUGUCCUCCAAUGCUUUGUAUAAAUUUGUAUUCCCAUUUAUCUGAGCAUUUAAAAUUGAGGAAAUACAAGCAAAAGUCAGAGUUAUAAUUUUUCACUUCCUUUUCAUAUUUCUGACCGUCCAUGUAGAAACACAUUUUUAAUUAUUUACUCCCACAGAGGCCAGUUCACAUCUGUGAAGGGUCCAGAGGACAACAAUCUCUGACAACAGGUUUUACUCUGACUUUCACCUACUAAGCACCAAAGACAGCCACUCUGGGUAGGACAGUAUUCUGGAAAAAAAAAAAAAAAAAGAUGAUAACAUACUAUUGUGAAAAAAAAGAAAUUAAAAGUUGUUAAGAGGAGAGAAUACAUCACUGACCUGCCAUUCCAGCUGCAACAGUGUUAGCUACACUGACAUAUGCAGCCAUGUUCCAUUGUUUCAAAAGUCUAUUUUUCCGUGUUGUACUAAUGAUAGAAUAUCAUUCUCUAAGAUUUAUCUGAAGUCUACUUUAGAGUAUUGUGUUCUACUUUAUACUGUAGUGUUGCUCAAAAUAUACUCAGAGCAUUUAGGUUAAGAUUUAGUUUCUGUUUAGUUUGAAGAUAAGUUGUCACUAUAGUAAUAUAGGUAUUACAAGCUAUAAACUGUUUGGAAAUUACUUCUAGACUAAAUAUGUAGGUGUAUUUGUCACUCUAUUUUGAUAAUGCCCUUUUUUUCAAAGUAUUGUAGUUUACUACUAGAUUUGGCCAAGAGUACAGAAGUCAAAUAUUUCCAUGCUUAUCCAUUGUAGAAAUAACAUUUAUUCCUAAAGUUCAUUUUUGAUGCUGUUGUAUGAAUGACUAAGUUGUAAAUAAAAGCAAAGUCAACAGGUAACUCAUAAUGAUAAAUAUCACUUUAUCCUUAUGUAUCAGAAGUCACUGGAAAUCAAAAGACCUUUACAGUAAGCUCACAAUAAACAGGGUGAGUGUGUGCAAAAAAAUGGAACAUCUAUUGAUUUUGCUGCAGUGCAAAUUAAUCAAAAACCUGUAAUGACCAAUGUGGCUGGAUUGGUGGAAGCGGCUAGCGGCUACUUUUUAUGAACGAGUCUCAUACAAUGCUGAAGGGAAGUCAGGUACACUGUGCAACACAGCCAGUUUAGUUUAUAAACAUAAACAUAAAAAAUGUUGGCUCUGUUAAGUCAGUGACUUUUGGUCUCACCUUCAGUGAAGCUGAGAUUCCGUCUUAUAAAAGUGUCUUUUAUUGCUGCUUCCAAAUACAGUCAUUCUCAAAGGAGGCAUAAUGCAGUGGGGAUAUCAAACAUAAAAUUAAGAGAUAGUGGCCUAUAAGCUAUUUUGUACUGUAUAUAAAAUCACUGAUAGCAUACUGAAAAGCUAUAUGCAACUUGACUUCUCUUUCUAUUUGCUAUUUAUCUUAUGUAUUUACUAUUCAACCAGCAUUCAGGCAUCAAAUACCAAUUUCAUGUGUAAACAUCAGCUGCAGCACCCAAAUAUAAAACAUGACCAUGCAUAUUAAGUGCAAUGAAUAUGUGUGACUAUUUGACUGUCACUGCUAAUGGAUUAUUUAUUUUUCAGCAGCAUUCAAGAGGCUGUCUGCAUUAAAUUAGUGAUACGCCAAAGAACUGAGUGGGCAUGCAGGCAACUAAACAACUGCAUAGUUCUUCCAUGUUCUUAGUGUUAAUGUGUGUAGGCACUGCAAUUCUGUAUCAAUAAGACUGACUACAUUGGCCAUAUGAUACAUUAAAUAAUGAAAAGAAAUAAAUAUAUUUAUGGCUAAAACUCUAUUUGCUGCUUGUUGAAAUCAAAUAUUAUGUGGUUGCUGCACGCUGUUAAAAUGAACUUUUAAAAUAUUACUCAUUGAAAAUUAGUGGCAUUGUAUCUUUUAACUUUUAUUACUCUGGGAUGCUUUUUUGUAUUUCUACUGAAUAAAAGUAUUUUUUCUGAAUAAACAUU